GCCGGGCCGGCAGGGGGCGUGGCGGCGGAAAGGACCGCGGUGGGGCCGGGCUGGGCUCGGUUGCGCCGGGCUCCGUGGUGCCGCCACAGGCCUCGGCGGCGGCAGGAUGUCGGUGGCGGGGCUGAAGAAGCAGUUCUACAAAGCGAGCCAGCUGGUCAGUGAGAAGGUUGGAGGGGCUGAAGGGACCAAGCUCGACGAUGAUUUCAAGGAAAUGGAAAAGAAAGUGGACCUGACCAGCAAGGCAGUUACAGAAGUAUUGACCAGAACAAUAGAGUACCUCCAGCCAAACCCAGCUUCCAGGGCCAAGCUGACCAUGCUGAACACCAUGUCCAAGAUCCGCGGGCAGGUGAAGAACCCUGGCUACCCGCAGUCAGAGGGGCUGCUGGGGGAGAGCAUGAUCCGGUACGGCAAGGAGCUGGGCGAGGACUCCAACUUCGGCGAUGCGCUGCUGGAUGCUGGUGAAUCCAUGAAGCGCUUGGCUGAGGUGAAGGACUCGCUGGAUAUUGAAGUCAAACAGAAUUUCAUUGAUCCCCUCCAGAACCUGUGUGACAAAGACCUGAAGGAGAUCCAGCACCAUCUCAAGAAGCUGGAAGGCAGACGCUUGGACUUUGACUACAAGAAGAAGCGACAGGGCAAAAUCCCCGAUGAGGAGCUUCGGCAGGCCAUGGAGAAGUUUGAGGAGUCCAAGGAAGUAGCAGAGACCAGCAUGCACAACCUCCUAGAAACUGAUAUCGAGCAGGUGAGCCAGCUCUCAGCCCUGGUGGAUGCUCAGCUGGAUUAUCACCGCCAGGCAGUGCAGAUCCUGGACGAGCUCGCCGAGAAGCUCAAGCGCAGGAUGAGGGAGGCCUCCUCCCGUCCCAAGCGGGAAUACAAGCCCAAACCCAGGGAGACAUACGACUUCGCAGACACUGGCCAGUCUAACGGGGGCUUCUCUUACAAUCCUACCCCCAAAGUCUCAGCUUCCUCCUCUUUCCGAUCCGACAAGCCGUCCCGAGCCUCCGUCAGGCGUAUCCCGCCCCUGGACCAGCCCUGCUGUAAGGCUCUGUACGACUUCGAGCCCGAGAACGACGGCGAGUUGGGCUUCAAGGAGGGAGACAUCAUCACCCUGACCAACCAGAUCGACGAGAACUGGUACGAGGGCAUGAUCAACGGCCAGUCCGGCUUCUUCCCCCUCAACUACGUGGAGGUGCUGGUGCCGCUACCUCAGUGAAAGGCGCCGUCGCUCCCAUCCCGCUCCACGGAGCCUCCAUUCCAGCUCCAUCCCGGCUGCGGCGGCACCGCGGGGGGAGAUGGCACCAGGGAACAAGGCAGAAGGGUCAGAGCCCUCCCCUUGCCCCCGCCAGGGAUGUGGUUAUCUUCGCUCUUGCUUUUAUUGUCCUUCUGGUGCUUGAUCGUCGGUACUUUGCACCUCCUGCCACGUGUGUCCCCCCUGCCCCCCGGCUCCAGGAUGGGCACAGGCCUCCCCCUGCCCUCUGCUUGCCCUUUCCCUUGGGUCAUGCAUCCGGAGGAGCCGGGUGGGAGAGCUGGGAUGCAUCCAUCUCAUUGAGCAUCAGCACCCAGAGACGCGUGGUCCAGGGCUGGGGAGCAAAGCACCCCCCUCAGCAAGGGGCAAGACCUUCACCCCCUCCCCAGCCAACACUACCCCUCUCCCCAUGGAUGCCCAGCACCCACAUAGGACCCAGCUGUCCCUGGGGCUCAGGGGAGGGAUGCUGGGGCACAGCAACACUACAACACCCAUCAAACACUAAACCAGCCCCAUGGGGCUCUGUGCCAUCCCUGCCCACCCCAGAGGGACACAGGAGGGAUCCUCUGCCCCCUCCCUGCGGUCCUUGGCUCCCAAGCGGGUGCCUGCUCCCUUCUGCCCUUGGUUUUAAGGAUUUUAAGCCAAAUUGCUUCUGGAUCUUGGGCUUUUCCUCCUGGGAUGAUGUGGGGAGAGAGCUUUGGGGCAGGUCAUGGCUCCUGUCCCUUACAGGCACUUCUGGCCCCGGGAGCCAUCAGCACCCAUGGGUGCUGCAGGACCAGAGCUCAGCUGAUCCUCAUGUGCCUUUCCUGAGUCCCCCCCAUCCUCUACCCCACAGAAACCCUCCUUAUGGGGGGGAACGAACCCCUUGGCUUGAUGGGAGGAGGGACCGAACAUCCCGGUGCUGCCCCUGCCGCCCCAUAGCCCCGGGUUCCAUGUUGUGGGGGUCAGGAUGGGGCCUGGCAGCGCUGCCCCCAGCCCGACUCCUGCUUUUCCCUGCUACAAGUGGUCUGUUCCCCCUUGCUCUCGGCCGGGCUCCAGCCCCUCUCCCUGCCUGACACCGGCUCUGCUUGGCUGGGGACCAAGCUCCGCACCAGGCCCUGUCCCCACUGCUCCCAUCACCUGUUCCCAGUGUGCUCCUGCCCUGCUGGGCUGAGCACUGAGCCCAUGCCAGGAACGGGGGGCACAGGGAGAGCAGGGAGCAGUGUCCCGGGGGUCCUGUCCCUGCUGCGGCUCCUGCUCGGGUGGAUUGAGCUGCGUUUUGGGACAACCAAACACUUCUGUGGAUUUUUGUAAUGGGUUCUCCUGGUUUCCAGGGGGAAAAAGCCUCCCCCAAAGCUCGACUUGUAUCUGGAUGGAAGUAUUAAAUGUCUUCUUCUUUCUAC